AUGUCGACCGUGGAGUGCUUGAAAAACAACUUCGUCAAGGAUCAGCUGCUGGAUGGCCGAUUCCGAACACUGGCCCCUCUCAACCAUGGGUCUUUCGGAAUGGUCUUCCUUGCUACUGAUACCAAGACUGGCGAAGAGGUUGCCAUCAAAUGUCUGCUCAAGGGCUCCCAGCCCCAACAAGAUCGGUUCGAAGAACUCGAGGCCCAUCGCCGCUUUGGGUUCCACCCAAACCUGGUCAAUCUGAUCCACACUUUUGAUACCGAGCAUCACACAUAUCUCGUCUUGGAGUAUUGUGCCAAUGGUGAUUUAUACGAAGCCAUUCGUCUGGACCGUGGUCCUCUCGAGACUGAGCAUGUUCGUGACUUCAUGCUGCAGCUUUUGAGCGCCGUCGAUUUCAUGCAUGCCAAUGGCUUGUAUCACCGUGACAUCAAGCCGGAGAAUAUCUUCCUCACACAAGAUGGCUCCAUGAAGCUCGGUGACUUUGGUCUGGCUACUCAGGACUCUUGGUGCCACGAGGCGUGUGUCGGUAGCGAUCGCUACAUGGCCCCCGAGCAGUAUGAUCCCUCCACCACUGGGUACUCGCCUGCCAAGGCUGAUAUCUGGUCGGUGGGUAUCUGCUUGCUGAACAUCUUGUUUGCUCGGAACCCCUUCACCACUCCCACCGAGUCUGAUAAGAUCUUUGCCGACUAUGUACUCGACCGCCAAUCUCUCUUCGACAUUUUCCCCAAUAUGUCCCAAGAUACGUAUGAUAUCCUGACUCAUGCCAUGGCUAUCGAUCCUUCCAAGCGCUCUUUGCUGGAUGUCCGUGACUGCAUCCUCCGUGCGGUCUCCUUCACAACUGACGACGAGUCCCUCGAUGAGUUCUGCACCGAGGAUCGUGAGGUGGUUGCCGCGAGUGCCAACCGCGAGCCCCUCCGCACCCCGUCGCUCCAGAGCCCUCAUGUCAACCAAGGAGACUCCUUCCCCUGGGCCAAGGCACUUCACUCCAGCCCUCCCCAGACUAUGCGCCAGCUUUCUGCCAUUCCCGACAACGAGAGUUAUACCGAAGACCUCUUUCCGCCUUCUGAAGCCGCGGGAACCUCUUGGUUCUCGAGUCGCAUGGAGACACCCUCCAUGGCCUCUGUCAUGGGCUCAACCCUCAGUGAAUCCUUCCGCUCGCUGCAUCUUCGCAAGCGGGAGGCUCCCGUCCUCCCUCGCUCCGACCCAGUGGCCAUCACUGGUUCUCUCCCUUCGCAUGCCACCAAGCCCCUGCCAUCGCUAUCGAUGGUCUUCGGCAACAACAAAGGUGCCGAUAAGAUCUCCAAGAGCUGGUGUGAUAUGUGGGAUGAGGAGGAAUCUGAGAACGAAGACAUCUCCCUCGCCCAACGACGAGAGCAAAACUCUCGCAGCUGGAGCCAUGAGAGCAUUGGACCUGCAGUCCAAGGAUCGCGCGAGCCGGACUCCGCAUCCACCAAGCAGCGCUCUCAGUCACCAGCUCAUGACCUGAAGACCGAUGAUUUCGAAAUUCAUCGCAUGUCGUUGGAUGAGGACAGUGACUCUAGCACUCCCCGCCCCCUGUGUGAUUCUCCACCCGAGCCUUCGAGCGCCGACAAGUGGUCCAUGCUUGGCGAUGUCCGCCGCAAGUACAAAGCGGAGGAUGAGCCUCGCACGUACAAGACGCGCAAGUCUCGUGAAGUUUUCAGCCCAAAGAAUGUCACUCCCAACACUCGACGUCAUGAUUGGGGCCGAGGUACUUCUGGGUAUCAGACCAAAUCCAAGCCGGCAUCGCCUUUCGAGGCUCGGCGCCGCCAAUUGCUGGAACAGCAAGACUGGCGCAGCCACGUUCCCAAACGCUUCACUCCUACUUACGAUGCAAGCGUAGACGAUGAUCUCGAUCUCGUCGGCGGAUGGCACGAUACUCACUUCUAA